CCACUUACCCUGUCGCCGCCGCUUUCUCGCUUUUUUGAUGCCGGUAGGAUUUCGGCGUCAAUACUGUUUUCGUUGGCGCGAAAGAUAUUAAAGUUAACAUAAAAGUGUUGUUUCGCCAUGGCUGAUAUAAGAUCAUUGGCCGUGAGAGGCAUUAGAAGUUUUGGACCAGACGAGAACGAUGAACAACGUAUUACAUUUGAGAAACCCCUAACCUUAAUUUUAGGGCAAAAUGGUUGUGGCAAAACGACAAUCAUUGAAUGUAUACGGUACGCAAUUACAGGGCAGAUGCCCCCUGGAAGCCGUAAUGAGUGUUUUGUGCACGAUGCAAAGGUGAACAGAUCUACUGAAGUGUUGGGGCAAGUGAAACUCAAGUUGAAAAAUGCCAAAGACAAGCAACUGGAGGUGUCGAGGUCUAUGAAAGUGACCUGCCUCAAGCAGAAAACCCGGUUCCAGACUUUAGAUUCGUUUCUGUCAGUGAUUGAUGAGACUGGGAAAACAAAAGAUAUAUCUUCGAGAUGCGCUGAUUUGGACUUUGUAUUGCAUGAGGAGCUUGGUGUAUCUAAAGCAAUCUUGAACUCUGUAAUAUUCUGCCACCAAGAGGACUCAAGCUGGCCUCUGGAUGAGGGCAAGAAGGUAAAGGAGAGGUUUGAUGAGAUCUUUGAUGCUGACAAAUACAGUGACUGCUUUGACAGGCUCCGUAAACUGAGGAAGGAUUAUACUCAAAAUCUCAAGAUGCUGGAACUAGAAGCAGCCCAUUUAAAAGAGAAGAAGCAAGAUCUCGAUAAAAAGAAAUCGGAUACAGUGGAUACAGAGUCGAGAAUAUCCGAGAAUGAGCUGAAAGUUGCAGAGCUUACUAAAGAACUGAAGCCAGUCACUGAGAAAAUUGCAGCUGUAGAGACAUUACAGAGAAAUUUGGUCCAAUGGGAGACUAAGAGAGACAAGAUUAAGACCAAGUUAGAGCAUAACAAACAACUUGAAGAGGAUUUGAAAAAAAAUAUCAAAACUUUAUUUGAAGGCACUACAGAGGAAUUACAAGCAGCAAUCAACAACUAUGAAUCAACCAGCAAAGGCAAACAGAAAGAGCUCAGCGAAUCUUAUAAAAAGAUCACGUCAUUCAAUAAAGAAGAAGAAAAGAUUGCCAAUGAGAAAACUUCAAAUGAGAUGAAGUACAACAAACUGAUAUUCCUCGAGAGUCAGAAUCAGGAGAGAAUUGAUAAAAGGAAUAAGUGUAUACUGGAGACUGCUAAGAUGGCUGAAGUCGAAACACCAGAAACUAUAGAAACAAAUGAGGACGCUGAAAAAGGAAUCGCAGACUUGACUGAGAAAGUGCAGAGCCUUCGGCAAGACCUGCAGGCGCAAAAAAAAGCUGCUGAUGCAGAAGAGAAAAACUACCAGAAAAGGGUUGAUAUUAGUCGGAUAGCACUGUCGCGGCAUAAAGAAAAAAUCUCAAAUAAAGAAAUGGAAAUCGCAACGGCGCGCAAAGAUAUCAACAAGCUCGAGAAACAGAUCACUGAUGCUAACGAGGCCAAGACGCGACUUGACAUACUCGAAACGAGGCUCAAGGCAGCUGAACAAGAAUAUGUGCAAGCCGAGAGCGAAUUAAACAGAGACGAGUGUCAGCAAGAGAUCAAUGAUGAUGAGAAAGCAUUGGAGCAGAACGAACAGGAGCGCGAAGAGAUUUCUGAAAAGAUAUCCAAACUCCAAAAACAAGCAGCAGAGUUGAAAAAACGGGACCUCAUUGAAGACCAACUAAAAGAGAAAAAGAAGCAACAUGCUGUCCUUCUAAACAAGCAUAGUGAAGCAUUAGCUGAUUUAUUCGGUACAGUGCCAGAGAGCGAUUUUGCUGUUAAGGUCAAUAAGUUUGAGAUCAAGGUUCGGGGCGAGGUUGACGCUAUUAAGAAGAAAUUGAAGACUCACGACAAAGAGCUAACAAAGCUGGAAACAGAGCGCAAACAUGUGAGCGAAAUGCUGAAGGGCCGCAAGAACGAGCUGUCCAAAGCUGAGGAGAAGAUGUACGAAGCCUGUGGCACCACGCCUUACGAUGUUAAGCUAGCGAAGCUUAUUUCCACUGUUGAAAAUCUGCAGGACGAGAAGAAUGUUAUCAACUCGUCGAUGAUCGUGGUCGCUAAAUAUAAAUCGAAGCUAAAAGACAACAGCUGUUGUCCGCUUUGCAACCGAGGAUUUGAAAGUGAGACCGAGGUAUCAGAUUUAAUAUCCCAGCUAACGACUCAAGCGAUGAACGUACCGGCUCAACUGGAGAAAGUGACAGAGGAGCUGCAGCGCGUUUCGGCCGAAAAGGACGACCUGUUGGCCAUGAAAUCGUUGAAUGAGAAAAUUACUACUUUGAAGGAAACUGACAUACCCAAUUUGGAAACUAGACUCCGUGAUGUUGAUAAGAAAAUAACAACCGUGCAAGAGACAAUAGAGGAACUGAAGAAGUCGAUGGCGGAGCCAGAUCGCAAACAGCAAACUGCCAAGCAGAUCCAAGGCGACAUGCCGCUACUCGACCGCAUUGUAGCUGAGAUCAAGGCCACUACGAGAGAAUUCGAGUCACUAAAGACUCAAUGCGAAGGCCUAGAUAUGGACAUGACGAUUGACGAAGCGACAGCAAAACAAACCGAGAUCAAGCAAAAAGUCACCGCUCUGAAAGCAAAAAUCAAAGCCGCUCAGGCCAAACUUAAUCAAUACGACAAGAAAAUGCGUCAAAUGACUGAUAAGAAGAACAAAAUUAAAGAGGAAUUGCUUAAUAUUCAGAAGAAGGUACAAGAAAUAGUGAACUUGCAAGAAAAUAAGAAACAGAUUGAAGAGAACCGCGAGCGAUUCGUGCAAGAGCUGGAAGAACUGCAGAAUGAAGUCGCACCGCUCGAAGCGCAGCUAAAAGAGAAAGAAAAUGAGAAAAGUAAUGUCGUAAACAAAAACAGGAGCGCGAUAGAACUCAAGAAUUCUUACAUCCAGAACAUAGUAAACUCUUUCGACAAAGUAAAAUCCAUCGUCUCGGAGAUCAGACUACACAAAGAGCGCAACAUCCAGCGCGAAAUGGACAAAAUCAAAGAGGCAAAUGAAAAGCUUAUGGAGAAACAAAAACAGAUUAUGGUCGACCGUGAUGCGCUCACAAAACGAAUUGAUACUUUAAAGGAUGAACUUGCUAAACAAGAUAUUUACAAACGCGACUUGGAAGAUAAUUACAAACUAAGAAAGGCUCAAACUGAAAUAGAGAACUGUGCCAAAGAUGAAGCAGAGUUAAAUGAAAAACUGGCUGGAGUCAAUAUGGAAAUGCUGAGCGAAAAGGAGGAACUAAUCUCGAAACAAACUAAGAUAUUUAGAGAGAAAUCGGAGAUUCAGGGACUCUUGAAAGAAUUACAUGUAAGACUGACACAAUUAAAGAACGAGUUAAAAAAGACACAAAACAAAGACAUUGAGAAGAAGUACAGGGAGAAGUUCUACGAGUUGUACAUAACAAAGGCCAUUGAUAAAGAUAUUAAGGACUACGGCGUCGCGCUAGAAAAGUGUCUGAUGGAAUUCCACAGGGAGAAGAUGGAACAUAUAAAUUUGAUUAUUAGAGAAAUGUGGAGGAAGAUCUACAGAGGAAACGACAUUGAUUAUAUCGAGAUUAAAACCGAAGGAAGCAUAUCCGCGGAUUCGGAACGCCGAAAAUACGAUUAUAGGGUAGUGCAGUCAAAGAAUGGAGUGGAAAUAGACAUGCGGGGAAGAUGUAGCGCUGGACAAAAAGUAUUAGCCUGUCUCAUUAUCAGAUUGGCUCUUGCAGAGACAUUUAGCUCCAGGUUUGGAAUCCUAGCUUUAGACGAGCCUACAACAAAUCUGGAUUGCGAAAACGUCCGAAGUCUGUGCGGUGCGCUCGGGGAAAUAGUCCAGGAACGAAUGAAACAGAAGAAUUUCAUGUUUAUCGUCAUCACUCACGACAGAGAAUUCAUCGAGUCCCUUGGUAACAUUGACAAAGUUUCGCAUUUCUAUGAAGUAUCAAGAAAUGAUGACGGAAAGUCUAGAAUUAAGAAAAUCCGUUUUUCCUAAUUUGUCUCUUAAUUAAUAAUAAUAAGAACGUUUAUGUAACAGUGAAUUACAAUUUAUUUUAUAGCCAUUC